AUUUACACCGUUCUUGUAUUUUCACAUUCCCUUUACAUUCAAUUUCAAAAUAAAAUUGCAUCGGUAACUAUUUAUCCAGACGUAGGUUAAAAUUGUUUUUAUUUUGACGUGUGAAACGAGUCGAGAGAGAGCAAUAGUGUGUAACGAUAAUUGAAAGCAACAAUUGAAUACAACCACAAAUAAUAACAAUUUUAAAAAAAAGAACAGUUGAAGCGUUUUGUUACUUUGUAUUAAAACAUGCCUCCGAAAUCUAAACCGAGCGGGAAGAAAUUAGGAACGAAGAGAAAUAAUGCAGAACCUCCGAAAUUAACGAAUUCCGGAAACAGUAAUGUGGAAACCGCAAGUGGUUUGAGCCAGGAGGCCGAAGAUCAAUUUGAAUUAGAGUUAUGUUGGUGUAUUCAGCAUUUGGAGCUGUGUUUAGCCAAUAGGCGGCAUUCCGAGAGACAGAUGCAGGAUCUAAACAAAAGUAUAAUAACACUGAAAAGCAAUACGGUGCCUCUGAUCAAGAAAAGACAGAUAAUGCGGAAUACGUUAGGAGAUUAUAGGGAAAAGAUGGCUCAAGAUGAACAGAAACAUGGGAGAACCGCGUCGUCUAUCAAAUUUAUAUCUCCAUCUAGUAAAAAUAAAAAAGGCACAUUUUUAAAAAGGGCUGCUUCGAUGUCCGUAAAAGAAUCCGUCAACUCUAAUGAUGAAAAUAUUGAAACUGCGUUCAAAUUCAACUUUCAAGUUACGGAAUAAACUUCUAUAUAA